GCCGCCGUUGAUAUCCAUACGCUUGAUCCCGAUGCACCCGCAGCUGCCCGGACGUUGCGGGGCCUUCAGCUGCGGCUGCGCGAGUCGGCGGCCAUGCGCUGAACAUCGCGUUAAAUCCGUGAAGUGACCCAUCGAGUGUCGUCGUCGUCCUCGGGAUCUACAACGCUUGUUUGCACACGGACUGGAUUGACCGAGGAAGGGAAUUGCCGACCAAUGGCGACAGCCUCGGCACAGAGUCCGUCUACGUAGCAGGACGUGGAUGCUCGGGAGUGGACUAGUCUCGGUCGAGAAUAUACACGUUGACGUAUAUAAACCACCUUACACUCGUCUGUUCAGGAGAUAAACAUCAAACACGGCUUGCGAAAGACACUAACAUCGUACGAUGUCCGCAUCUUCUGCACCCCAUAUCCUCAUCAUCGGAGCAGGCCUCGGUGGCCUUGCUCUCGCCCAAGGUUUCAAAGUCGCCGGGAUCCCGUUCACGAUCUUCGAACGCGAUCCUUCCGCGACCUUCCGUCAUCAGGGGUACCGCAUCCGGCACAACCCCGAAGUGCUCAUGCGCGGGUUGGUCGACCAGAUCCAGUUUGGGAAGUCUUUCGUCAAAUAUACCGUCGAUCCUUCCUCCCCAGCUCGCGUCACCGCCGACUUCUCCGACGGCACGACCGCCAACGGCACCUUCCUCGUCGGCGCGGACGGUGUCCGUUCCGCUGUACGCGUCUUUCAUCUCCCCGCAGACAUCCACGGCCUGGUCGAUACCGAUGGCCGCUUCAUCUACGGAAAGACCCUCUUCUCGCCUGAGCUCCUUGCGCGCGUGCCCUCCGAAGCAACCCAAUGGAUGACGGUCCUAUCUACCAAUCCCCCCAGCCCAGGAGGUCCGCCACGCACUCUCGGGUUGCAGCCGACCCCGCAGCGGCGCCGGUAA